UGCAAUGGAAAAUGGAGUGGAUUUAAACAGGAAUCCCUCUGCCCAAGCCGGAGAGGGAAAGAAGAACUUCACAGCCUCCGACUGCUGACGUUUUUCAAGUUGCAAUAAAAUCUCAGGGUCAGGAUGAGGAUUUCCUGACUCCAGCUAACAAGAGAGGACAAUCCUUUUUAUUUUUAAUUAAUAUAUAUGUGAAUAUUUAAUGUAGUUAUCUCAAUGGUUCUAAUUACUGAUCGGGGCACUGUUAGAGGCGGCUCUCCUAGCCUGGAAACAUUAGUAUGAUUUCCUGAGUUUGAGAACCCCCCCCCCCUCCAAACUCAGGAACGGUCAGUACAAUCACACUUCAUUUUUCCUUCAUGUGCACUUGGAAGUAUCAGCAGCCGCAGCCGGAACGGAAGCAGCAAGAAUGAACUGCAAGGAGGAAGAUGAGAACUGCAUGGAUGGCAGCAGCGAUAACAGGAAAAAGAUGUUAAAGUGCGUGGUGGUCGGGGAUGGUGCAGUGGGGAAAACCUGCUUGUUAAUGAGUUAUGCCAACGAUGCCUUCCCAGAAGAGUAUGUGCCUACCGUCUUUGACCACUAUGCAGUAACUGUGACUGUCGGAGGAAAGCAGCACUUGCUGGGACUAUAUGAUACCGCAGGACAGGAGGACUACAACCAACUGAGGCCUCUAUCCUACCCCCACACAGAUGUAUUCUUGAUCUGCUUCUCAGUGGUGAACCCUGCCUCUUACCACAACGUCCAAGAAGAGUGGGUGCCUGAACUGAAAGACUGCAUGCCCGAUGUGCCUUACGUGCUCAUAGGAACACAGAUUGACCUUCGUGAUGACCCCAAAACUUUGGCUCGACUGCUCUAUAUGAAGGAGAAACCCCUCACUUAUGAACACGGAGUGAAGCUAGCUAAAGAGUGGGUCUCACAGUCAUCCCACACUAGGAAAGAAGUCAGGUAUAAGUCAGAGCUGGGACCUAAACCGCACUUAAAGCCUUGGCUCGUUCCAUGUCGUGGAAUUCUAUGCAUACAAGAAUUGCAAGAUUGGAGCACAGUGUUACUUGGAAUGUUCAGCCUUGACACAGAAAGGUCUUAAAACAGUCUUCGAUGAAGCAAUCCUCACCAUUUUUAACCCAAAGAAGAAGAAAAAACACUGCAUGAAGUGCCAUGGCUGCUGCACAGUUGUAUGAGGUCACUUGAGAAGCAAAGCAAGACAAUGCUAAUGUUCAGUUCAACCACGCAGGCUAGAAUGUCAACGAGAGGCGCACACAACUUUAAUGGGGAACAUGACCAGAAAGGAGUCCUAUUUAAUCAUAUAGGAUUCCUCCAUUCUGUGAAACCUCCAAGCUGUACCAUGGUAGGCCAACUAAUGUUUAUUUGCUUUCCUAACCCUACAGAGCUAUCUGCAGCCUGUUCCCACAUUAUGCUAGACUGCACUGAGCCAGUAUGAAACAUGAUGCCUGCUAACAGCCAACUCCAUGAAUCAGAUGAAGGUUCUGUGUGUAAAAUUUGAAAGACACUAUAAUGGAACCAAAAAAACCUUCAUUUGAAGCCUUAAACACAAGUUGAUCAAAAGUAUGAAGCUACAAUAUUUAGGAAUUGAAUAUGAACGGAUCAAAAGCACACAAAGUUCUUUCAAGGUUUAAUAUGCAAGAUAUACAUUAUAAGCAGGAUAUACUUUCAAAUAACUUUUCUUUAUAGAAAUAUAGGAUUGGGGCAGGGGACUUCCCAGGCCCCUAAGCUCAGUCCAAUAUAAGAUAUUUGUUAAUUUCAGGAUCUACUUUACUUUGUCUACAUAAACGAAAACAAAUGUUGCUUUCACGUUAACAUAGCCGAUAUCCAUCUAUCACUGCACUCGGACUAUCAGAACUGAUCAACAUUUACCUCCAGACUUAAGGAAUGUUCUUUUUAUUAAAAAAAUGCAGAUAACUGUAUUCAUGGAAAUGUACAGGCUGAGCCAUCUUCUCAAAAGCUGGGAGAGGGGAAACAAUCUUAGUGAAAAACAUGAAAACAAAGAAAUUGUGUUACCAAAGAAUAUUGUAAUAGAUGUGAGGUAUCAGCGUGGAAGAACCUUCCUUCCAAACUCAGAACGUCAAAGGGCUGCAUUUGUAAAUGCAGUUGCACAUUUACUGUAUAGACCAGGUUGAUUUCCACACCUCCCCCAGCAAGCGACAACAAAACCAGACCAUGCCAAAGCUCACGUUGAUUUUAAGUGCUUUACAAUGAUCCAAUUGCCUUAUAUGAAAUAGCUUUCUAAAGAUGCUCUCAUGGAAAGUAAUUAACUCAAAUGGAGUUUCAAGCAUGUCUUAAUGGUAGUCAUCUUUCUGCUAUUCACUGUUUUGAGAGGUUGUUGGGGGUUUUUUCCUCCCAUGCUCAUUAUUCUACAUGCAACAUUUAAGGUAUAGUGUGGGUCUGAUACUCAGGAACUUUCUUUCAUGCAAUUUGCAGAAUGAUGUGCUGCAGCAUGUAGUACUGAAACAGGAAACCUAAAUCUUAAGGGAAUGAAAGCUGACAAUAAGCAUUCUCUGCUGUUGAAUAAAGCGUGCCUUUUCACCGCGGCUUCUCCAGGGAGCCUGUUGUUUUGCACAUCACAGUACAAUGCUGUUACAAUACAGACACUGAGAGAUGAACUUUAAGGGUGUCUUAUUACUUGCAUCUGCCUACAAGUACCCUGGAAAUGCCCAUGUAACUGUCUUGUUAUGGAUUUCAUUUCUGAUAACGCCUCUCCCAGGCAUAACAUUUCAGUGCUAGCACAUCUGUGUUUCUAGUCUCAGAAUGUAAAUCCCUGACAAAAGCAACUUCCAGAGUUGAAAUUUCCAAAUACCGUUUGAAUAAAUAAUGUUACUGCACCCAAUCACCCCAGGGAAGUAAUGGCAAAAGAACAACAGACUCUCCUCUGCCCUGCCAUUAUUUGGAAUAGCCAGCACUCUCCUUUUUGGAAGGCCUGUACUGUGCUCCAGCUUGCACAAGGGCAACUGAAAACCUCUGCCAUUAAGGGAAGGUUAUGGAACCAAUCCCAUGGAACCAAUGGGAUUUGGAGUAAGGCCCAAAAUAAGCAACAGCCUAGAUACAGGGCUUGACUCUGCACCUAUUAAAUCAAAGGCAAAAUUCUCUUGUGAUGAUGAUACUUGCAAACUUUUUGAAACAGAUAGUUACAGCAAGGGCAUCCUAAAUCAGUGGGAAACCACCUGUUGAAGAUAUAAUGGCAAACGACUCAAUUUCUGUUCAAUAACUGCAACUCGCUAUCCCCUACAGCCCCAUGAAGUUUGUGUUCGCUGUGCUAUUGAUCUCAAUGGGAGUAGGGUCAGGCACUCCCAAACUGUACAUGGGAGUAGAGAUCACCAAUUAGCUCUUCUAUACAAGCGUGGCCAGGUGAAUUUGCAAAGAAGUGCAUUUUAUUAUAACAGUGCCUGGUAAAACUGCACUAACCAUCUCUUCCUCAUGGUGCAUUCACUUGGCUGAAAAUGUAGUUAUGGUAAAUUACUGAUGCUGAAGAAUGUCUGGAGAUGUCCUUGCAGCUCAGGUAUACGUCCCUAAUGAGCACCCAUAGCCGUUUCAUUGUCAAAGAGUUUCUCUUUAAAUAUGCUAACAAAAAGGUUUGGGAAAACGUGGCUCAGGUGGAGAGAGAGCGCAGAGUUGAUGCAAGUUACUUUUUCAUAAAGUUUCCUUCAAUGUGAAAGGACCGGUGGCUUGGAAUUAAGUGACAGCAUCAAUUUCAUACCUUUGCUGCCAUGCAGCUACUAUGGGCAGCGGUGGGAAUUCUUUUAGAUGGUACACAGGAUGCCAAGUAAAUUAAUAUGAAUAUAAAGAUAUCUGAGGAGCAACCAGAAAGUUCAGACAGAAUGGAUACAUGAGUACUUAGCAAAUAGUUUACUUACCUAGGGUCCAACCCAAAACCUACUGAAAUUCUGCAGAUGCUGUAUCUCGACUUUAGAGGUGAACCAGGCUCUGGCUGAGGUUGGCAGUUGAUUUCAAUGGAAGUAAAUUGGGAUGCUUGUUUUAUUCCCUAUGAAUUGCUAGAUGCAGAGUACAUACUUACGUAGAAGCAAGGUAGAAAUAGAUGCCAAGUCUGUUUUAGCUGAACUGCAACCCAAGUCCUAAGGUGGGGGCUGCCAGAUAUUUUUAUAGCUUCUCAAAAUGAAGAGAAAAUAAAAUUCUAGACUGACAGCUCAGUUUAAGACAUAACGAGAACAUUGGAAAAGUGCAAUGCAAUAUUCUCAGCAUACAUCUGAGGAAGCCACAAAUAACUGAAUGAUAGUUUGUGUGUGCUGCAUAAUAUCAGUGACAUAUGAUAAAUCAAAAGGAAAUCAAAAUCAAUUUCACAUAAAAAGGAAAUUGCAACUUGUAACAUUAACAUAACUGCAGUAGUUUGCAGAAAUUAAAUAAAAAAAGACUCUGAUAGUAGAGGCUAAAAAGCUAAUGGCUCAGUAUAUUAAAAAUGCAGAAACUCCUACAAAUUGUAGAGGAAUAUUAUUUAGGAAAAAGAAUAUUUUAAUUAAUGCAAGGCAAGACAUUUUUUACACUUAUAGAGUGAAAUAAAUCAAUUUUGCUGGGUGACAUAUUUAUACGUUAAAGAAAUACGUGCAAGUUGCUAAUGACCAAAAUUUGACCCUCUUCAAAAAAGAAAUAGCCUUUGAAUUCGGUGUAUUUUUUGUUCCAUGCCAUAGAGAAGGAAUGUUUUUAAAGCAGCCAUUAUUUAUGUAGGUCCUAAAGGCCUCUUUAAUUACUCCCCUAGUGUUUUCAAGGAAGUACAUCUUUAUGUACAGAGCAGCAUUUGUGAAAGCAGCUACCCAGUUGUAUAACUACAUUAACCUUUUGUGAUGAGAGCAACUCAACUUCCACAGGCAAACAUAAGCUUUAGAAGCCCAAACUGAUGUUCUUCCCAAAUACGGUAGGCAGAGAUAAGGAGAUCCUUUGAAAAUCUAGCCAAUAGUUAAUUGUGUUUUUCUGUUACAAAGACAGCAGAUGACAGCACCGAUGAUGCUAAGGAAGAAACAAGGGAAGGAACAGAAACAACAGAUCAUUUUCAAGCACCAUUAGGAACAAAAAGAAAAUAUACAGGUUUUCCCAGUGAAAGCAGACAGGUCACCUGGUUUUAAAAUACUGAGAGCUUGUAGCUUCCCCUGGAAUAGAGGCUCUGAAUUGAUAAUAAAGAAAAUGGUAUUUUAAGGCUUAGGAGAGUAAGUAAAGAGUAACCGCUCCAGGAAACUACUUGACAAUGACCCUUUUACUCAAUUGAUACCAGUGCCUUUUCUGAGAUACCUGCUACCUUCAUUAAUAUAGCCAAUGAUCAUUUCAAAUGCAUUUAAAUAUCAAAAGAGCAUGCUAGAUCCUAGCAAACUCAUCUGCCUUGGCCCUUUUUGAAACCUUAGUAUUCUACAAGAUUUGGUUUUAAUUCAUAACAGAAGGGUGAAUAGGGUUCUAGCAAAGGACCAAAAAAACCCCAAAAACCAAAACCCCCAAACCAAAAUUAAGCCUUUCGAUUACACCAGGUCUAUUCCAACACAGUAUGUAUAUCAUGUAGGAUAGGACACCAAUUACAUACUGUGUCUAACCAGCCCUGCAUGUCAGUGCAGUCGGUUAAAAUCACACUUCCAGGCUGCUCCAGGGCAGCCAAACUGAGCGCUCAAACUGACAAUCCAGACCUGAAUGCCUGAGCUAGGAGCCUGCAUGCACUUCAUUGCUCUGCCUUUCAGGACACGUCUGCACCAUACAAAGCAAAGGUGGAGACACUAGCCGGGGUAGGGCAUGCCCGGCAGAGUAGGGGCUAGUCCGGUCCCAGAGCCUGAGUCAGCCUGGGUUUCUCAGCACAGCACCGUUCUGCGCUGCGUAGACGUGCCUUUAAAUGCCUUCUGCCACAGGUAGCAUGCAACAUGCAAAGUACCAUCUGUUACCCCAGAUCAAGAAGCCAAAUGUUUUUCUCAUGCUCUACCUAAGGAAGGGACAAAGCUAAAAAAACACUGAAGUCAGUAUGAGUCUUUCCUUUGACUUGAGUGAGCUUUGGCUUCAACCCUAAAAGCCAUUAAUAAUCCAGAAACUGAAACCUAAGCAUUACUCAAGAGCCAAGACUUGGCUACACUUGCUUGCACUACAUUGCACCUUAUUUUUCAAGGAAUUCUCUCAACUCCAACUUUCCCAUGGCCUGUUCCACGGGAGUAAGAGCGGCAGGAUCCUCAGCCAGCUGUCCUGCUAUGUAGAGAAGCCCAUUUAAUUAAUUCCUGAAUCAGUUAUGUUUGGCCAUAAACACUUGUGGUUCUCAUGCCAAAAAGACAACCCAUUUUCUGUAGGUCCUUUCCCUUCCCCUGUAAGCAGCACACUCAGCACUGUGCUCCAUCACGUCUAGCACCGAAACAGUCCCUGGUAGCAGAGCCCCAACAUUUCAGCAAACUUCUGGAAACAAAGUAGUGAAUAAAUGUGGAAGGGGCUGAGGCAAAAAACAAACCCCUGAUGUGACCCUGCCAAACCAAAGCAAAUCACUCCCAAUAAUGGAUGUCUUAGUGCUGCCCUGAGCAGUUUUAGGGUUGUAACGAGCAAGUGGCUGCAUCUUGUUGUGGAAAAACCUACCUUUUGUGCAAAGUAGCUGUGUCAGUCAUCCAGGGCUCUGCUCAUGGGGUGCAUGUACUUUAUAUCACACUGAUAGUAGUGCAGGCCUUGAACAAGAUACUCAAAGUGGCCUAUGUCUCUGGGUAACCAGUUUGAGAUCCCAGUCCUCUGAAUUUUAGACCCACUCUGAGCUAUCUCAAAUUGGAGACCCAGAGAGUGAGGCAUCCACAGUCACUUGUCACAUCUGAAAAUCUUGGCUUUUUGCAAUAGGAAACUUCAGCCACUGGUGACCAUCCAGCAGCGCAUCCUUGGUGCAAGCCGCCAUAUGUCACUAGAGCAAUUGCUUGAAACCAGGGGCAGCAGCACUGAUACAAAACAUGUUUUAUAGCUUAGCCCUUCAGUAAGACAGCUAUAAGCUGUAUUGGCACAAACACCAACAGCUGCAACAGAUGGUGAGGACAAGAUCUGUGAAAAGUUUGCUGUCUGUUUCCAUAAUCCAUCUCCCCUCACUAUCACAUCAGCCAGUUAUGCAACACUGGCAGCAUGAUGGGAGGUUAUAUAGGGAAAAACUCUUCAGCUGAGGUUUCUCAUCCUGCUGGCUGUUGCUACCUGAAACAUUUCUCUCUCUCCUCACUGGAUGCUGCUCAUAUGCCCAGUUCAGCCCCGUAUUUAGUCAUAGCUCCUGGCCCUUUCCACAGCUUUCCACUGCAAAGGGGGAACAAUACAAGUACUUCAUCUGGCUCAAAGCUAAAUGAAAAUGUCUCUGGUUCUUGUUUGCAGUGAACUAAGUUUGUUUGCAAACACAUUUGCAACAUGGCAUCAGAAUAAUGCAGCAUACCCUCUUGAUGCCACGGGAAUUAUUUGUUACACAGAUGGUAGAAUACAUGUGUCUAAUUUCACCUGUUUUGUUCUUUAUAUUUACCUGUCCCAGGAAACUUUGUCAUGUUUUAAGUGCUGGUGAAAAAUCUGUAAAUGACAGAACUCUCCUCUUAAGUACAGACAAUCAAAAAGACUGCAUUAAUUCAGUCUUUGCAGGUUAGUCUAAGAUGCAUAGAUUGAACCAAUAAGCAAGUGAACAGACAUUCCCUUUUGUUUCCUGAAAUGCAGCCACAUGAGUGCAGUGGACCAGGCAGAAGUCCCGGGAGGCUAGAGCUCCACUGGAGCAGACAACUUGGGCCAAGGCUAGCCCACCCACCCUCUAAGUGAGGGUUUGCAGGGGAUGUGCAAAGCAUCCUGGGAUGCUGGGGGACUGUGAGUUAACUUGAAUCUGGAGCAGAUCUGGGACAGAAGUUCAAUAAACCAGUUUAACCUAAAUCAGUUAAG